GUUGACGAAUGAAUCAGAACUGAUUCGUGAACUGGAAUCAUUACAGACAAACGACUCUAAAGAACAAUUCGCCCACGAGUCGGACACCGCUAGUAAGGAAUACGUCGAUUCAUUAAAUUACGAAAAGUCUGGUUCAGAAGAACUGAAAUUGUUGGCGCGUGUCAUUUUUAGUUUCUAGCUGACCCACCGAAGCAGUGGAGCUGGGUUACGUUCAGGACACAAGGGAGGGGUUUUCACGAUGCUUCGCUAACGCGAGAGAGCCGGAGCUCAAAGCGAAAACGGGAGCCGCGGUGGUGCGUUGUGUUAGCAUUCAAACACAUCAUGGAUAACAGCAGAUUUAGAGCCAUGUUACUAGCGAUCUCUGAUAAACUCACUGAAAACAACGUGUCAGAUCUAAAGUUCCUGUGCCCAGAAGUCGGGAAGAAAAAGCUUGAGAAAACCAAUAAGGGGAUCGAUCUUUUCGAGUACUUGAUCGAAAGAGCUGCGAUCGGACCCGAUAACACUGAACUCCUGCGGAAACUUCUGAACCAGAUCGGCCAGACAGUUCUUCUGAACGUAAUAGAUGAGUAUGAGAGAGGAGCAGGCAGCCCUCCUGAUGUACCAGACCCAAAAGAGCGAGAAAAAAUAAACAUUGCAACUGAAGUCAUUUUUGAACGUUUGGGUAAAAAGUGGCGUCAAGUUGGAAGAAAGCUUGGACUUCAGGAGACCCAGCUGGACGGCAUACAGGAGAAGCACAGCCGUGACCUGGAGGAGCAGGUGAGGGAGCUCAUCAGACAGUGGAUGAAGAUGAGGAGAGAGAACGCCAGAGUGGAGGAUCUCAUCAAAGCUCUGCGGGACUGCAAACAGAACCUCACUGCUGAUCUUGUAGAGAAAAACCUCAAGGAGCAUGGUGCACAUUGAAAAUCACCACCGUUCUAUUAGAAAACGACAGAACGCUGGGAUUAAUAAUGUGAAUUUCUUUUUGAAUAGAAAAUGAACAAACUGUGUUUACGGAUCUUUCUGAAUUAAUUGGACACCGCCUUGAUAAAUAUUGAUUGGAGGAAAUGUGUUAGAUAAUAGAUUUUACAUUUGUAAUGAUAUUGCAGGGCAUGGAAAUAAUGUAUAUUGAAUAAGUGUCCUAGAUGUAUUGUUCUCAGUCACCAUUGCAAAAAAUUAGGAUUUUUCAGUGUUUACUGAACGUACUCAUAAAACAACACUGUUCUUCUGUUUGCUGAUUUUGUCAAAGGAUGUAUGACACUUACAAAGGAAUAAAGGGACAAUGAUAUGUGA